AAGUCUGCAAACGAAAGGGGGUCCGUUUAUUCUGCUUGUGGAGACACAUCCGGGUCACAGACCCGAACUGUGCAAACAGACAAAUGCACUCACGUCAAUUCACUGUCACUUUCAUCCAAUUUGCAGAAUUGUUGCUGAAUCCCCCUCAGGAGCAUCAGUGACUGAGGACGGAACCUUUAAACAACCUAAACAAAUGUCUGUCAGUCAGUUACGCCCCAAGACUCUGUUGGUGUUUGUUCUCACAACGAUCCCUCUGAGGACGUGGACGUGUCCCCAGGACAUCGGGGAGGAGGAUAAGAGUCAGAGGAAGAUCCACCUGAACGUCAGACGGGGGAGCAGCGAGAGGCCAGAACACAUCUGGGCUGGUCUUCAUCUCCAGCUUCUGCAUCAUCUCGUCACCAUGAAGACGCUGACUCUGACUGUCCUUCUGUGUGCCGUCAUGACGCUGACCAGGGCGGCUGCAGAGCGUCAUCUGGUCAGGACGUCUUCAUCGUGUCCCCGCGGUUGGACUAAGACGGCUGGACGCUGUUUCCGUGACAUUCCGACCGCGGCGUCCGGGGCUCAGGCUCAGAGAGGCUGUCUUUCCCUGGGGGGACACCUCACGUCCGCUCACAGCGUCCAGGAGUACCAGGACAUUCAGACGAUUGUCUUUAGCUCCCGUUCCCGACAUCCAGCAACACGGAUUAGAGGCUCUCAUGCACGAGAGGAGGCGCUGUGGUUCUGGAGCGAUGGGACUUAUUUGGACCACCCGAUCUGGGCCCCCGGAGAGCCGUUCAACUAGACGGCAUCCAGCACUGCAUCCAAAUGGAGACGGGAAGACCUGAGACGACAAUUACUGCUCGGAUGAACUUCCGUCUGUCUGUCCAAGAGACCCUGACCCCUGGACUGAUGUGAGGCCCCCUGUGGCCCCUGACCAGGAUGAAGGCUUCCAAACACAUCUGGUUUCAUUCAAAUCUUUUCUUUUCUACCGCUGUGCUUUAUAUAGAGUGGUCUAUAUAGAGUGGUUUAUGUAGAGUGGUUUAUAUAGAGUGGUCUAUAUAGAGUGGUUUAUGUAGAGUGGUUUAUAUAGAGUGGUUUAUAUAGAGUGGUUUAUAUAGAGUGCUUUAUAUAGAGUGGUUUAUAUAGAGUGGUCUAUGUAGAGUGGUUUAUAUAGAGUGGUUUAUAUAGAGUGCUUUAUAUAGAGUGGUUUAUAUAGAGUGGUCUAUGUAGAGUGGUUUAUAUAGAGUGGUUUAUAUAGAGUGGUUUAUAUAGAGUGGUCUAUGUAGAGUGGUUUAUAU